AUGAGGAGAACAAUGAGAACGCUCAAACCUAAGGCAUUUGAAGAUAGUAAAUCACCCACAGAAGGGAGUGACCAAGAAUGUGAAGAUGGGGGUAGUCUGUGCUGUGACUCUCCAACACAUGAAAGAGGUCAUGGUAAAAAGAGACGGUAUGUGUGUACUGAGUGUGGAAAAGCCUUUAGUCAGAGUGCCAACCUCACUGUGCAUGAGCGAAUCCACACAGGAGAGAAGCCUUAUAAGUGUAAGGAAUGUGGGAAAGCCUUCAGUCAUAGCUCUAACCUUGUGGUCCAUCAGAGAAUUCACACGGGACUGAAGCCAUACACAUGUAGUGAGUGUGGGAAAUGUUUCAGUGGUAAGUCACAUCUCAUCCGGCACCAGGGAAUCCACAGCGGAGAGAAAACAUAUGAAUGUAAAGAGUGUGGAAAAGCCUUUAGUCGGAGUUCAGGACUUAUUUCUCAUCACAGAGUUCACACUGGCGAGAAGCCCUACACUUGUAUUGAGUGUGGGAAAGCAUUUAGCAGGAGUUCAAACCUUACUCAACAUCAGAGAAUGCACAGAGGAAAAAAGAUUUACAAAUGUAAAGAGUGUGGGAAAACAUGUGGUUCCAAUACAAAGAUUAUGGACCAUCAGAGAAUUCACAGUGGAGAGAAGCCCUACGAGUGUGAUGAGUGUGGAAAAGCAUUCAUCUUGAAGAAGGCUCUUCAUGAACACCAGAGACUUCAUCGUAGAGAGAAACCUUAUAAAUGUAAUGACUGUGGGAAAGCUUUUACUUCUAAUCGAAACCUUAUUGAUCAUCAGAGAGUUCACACUGGAGAGAAGCCUUAUAAAUGUAAUGAAUGUGGGAAAACCUUCAGACAGACUUCUCAGGUUAUUCUACAUUUGAGAACCCAUACUAAAGAGAAACCCUAUAAAUGCAGUGAGUGUGGGAAAGCCUAUCGUUAUAGCUCACAGCUUAUUCAACAUCAAAGGAAACAUAAUGAAGAGAAAGAAACCUUAUUGUUUGUGGGCCAGGUGUGA